GCCUCGUCAUCAUCAUCACCAUCAUUAUCAUCAUCGUCAUCGCUCACUCUCUCUCUCUCUCUCUCUCUCUAACUCUCGCUCUCAGAAACUCAAAGCGAAGAGCGCUCUGGAGAGAGAGAAAUGGUGAUGAGGAAGUGAAGUAGCGACUAGCGGUAGAGAAAUAGAGGCGACAGCGAUGGAGGUGGCUCGAGCCGCCACGUCAGCGACAGCGAAGAAGAAGAGGAAGAUCAACACGAACGGAGAAUCCGUCGAAUUGCCGUCUUCGUAUGCGCAGCUGAAGAAGCCGAGACGACUCGUCGUAAGUGGGGCGUCGAAAAUUGCGGCGGCGGAGGGUGUGCGGGAAGCCGAGGACGACGACGUUUCGACGUCGGAUCACGUCGAGACCUCCUGUUGCUCGAGUAACGGCUCGAGUGAGCUGGUGCAUGAUGGAGACAUAAAAUUCGUAGAUCUGAAGAAGGAGAGUGAACAGGUUGGGUCGUGGAAGCAUAAUUCAAGCAGAGAAAGGAGAGAGAUGACGGCGCCUACGAGCGGGAUUCAAGCCGAAGCAGAAUUCGAGGAAGUAGAAUCCACAGUGACCGUGAGGUCCAAGGACGCCGACUCUCGACGAAGAUCAGCACCACCUAUCGACUCAGAGCUUGAAGAAUUCUUCGCAGCCGCCGAGAAAAACAUCCAAAAACAAUUUAUGGAAAGGUAUAAUUAUGAUAUUGCCAAGGACGAGCCGGUGGAAGGACGGUACGAGUGGGUUCGAUUAAAGCCGUAAAAGAAAAAGGAAAAAAAAAGAAGAGGAUCAAUAAUCCUCAUGCAAAUUAUUUUGUUAAUUUCAUCAGUGUCUAGUUUUUUUUUUUCUUUUGUUUGUUUGUUUGUUGGGUUUAAUAUUCAUGUACAGCAAGCUGUAGCUCUUAAAUUAGUUAAUUUAGAAGCAGAAGAAGAAUCUGAUGGAGGAGAUGGGGAGUUUUGUUUCUGCGAGUACGAUCGAGAGAGUAUCGAAGAGAACAAGAUCACAAAAAGCUUCUAGAAUUCUACUCUCCCUUCUUCUUCACAUUUGGUGUCUCAUUCUCUCUUCAAUUUGGCCUAUCUAUCAAUCUAUCUGCUACUGUCAACUGUUUCUUUC